AUGGCUGCAAACAACUAUAAAGUCGCCGAUAUCUCAUUGGCUGCCUUUGGUAGAAAAGAUAUCGAGUUAUCCGAAAAUGAAAUGCCCGGUUUGAUGUACAUUCGUAAGAAGUACGGUCCAUCCCAGCCUUUGAAAGGAGCCAGAAUUGCCGGUUGUUUGCACAUGACCAUCCAGACUGCAGUUUUGAUUGAGACUUUGGUUGCCUUGGGUGCUGAAGUGACGUGGUCUUCCUGUAACAUUUUCUCGACUCAGGACCAUGCUGCUGCUGCCAUUGCUGCUGCCGGUGUGCCGGUGUUUGCUUGGAAAGGUGAAACUGAAGAGGAGUACCAGUGGUGUAUUGAACAGCAGUUGUUUGCCUUCAAGGAUGGCGCCAAGUUGAAUUUGAUUUUGGACGAUGGUGGGGACUUGACCAGUUUGGUUCACGAAAAGUACCCCGAGAUGUUGCAAGGCUGCUUUGGUUUGAGUGAGGAAACCACUACUGGUGUCCACCACUUGUACAAGGCCUUGAGAGACGGCAAAUUGAAGGUGCCCGCCAUCAAUGUCAAUGAUUCCGUUACCAAGUCCAAGUUUGACAACUUGUACGGAUGCAGAGAAUCGUUGAUUGAUGGUAUCAAGAGAGCCACCGACGUUAUGAUUGCGGGUAAAGUCGCCAUUGUUGCCGGAUUCGGUGACGUUGGUAAAGGUUGCGCCAUGGCUUUGCAAGGUAUGGGUGCACGUGUCAUUGUUACUGAAAUCGACCCCAUCAAUGCCUUGCAGGCUGCUGUCUCUGGUUACCAAGUGGCACCUAUGGACGAAGUUGCCUCGAUUGGCCAAAUCUUUGUCACUACAACCGGUUGUAGAGAUAUCAUUGUUGGCAAGCAUUUUGAGCAAAUGCCCGAAGAUGCCAUUGUUUGUAACAUUGGUCAUUUCGAUAUCGAAAUCGACGUUGCUUGGUUGAAAGCCAACGCCAAGUCCGUUGUCAACAUCAAGCCCCAAGUUGACAGAUACUUGAUGAACAAUGGCCGUCACAUUAUCUUGUUGGCCGAUGGUAGAUUGGUGAACUUGGGUUGCGCCACUGGCCACUCGUCAUUUGUCAUGUCAUGUUCAUUCUCAAAUCAAGUCUUGGCUCAAAUCGCCUUGUUCAAUGCUGACAAUAAGCAAUUUAGAGAACAAUUCCCCGAGUUUGCCAAGACCGGUCCUUUCGAUGUUGGUGUCCACUUGUUGCCAAAGAUUUUGGAUGAAACCGUUGCCAAAUGCCACUUGGACCACUUGAAUGCCAGAUUGACCACUUUGACCGAUGUCCAAGCUGAGUACUUGGGUAUUCCAAAGGAAGGUCCAUUCAAGGCCGACAUCUACAGAUACUAA